CGAAUGUCAAGCGAUUAGCCAAUGUCCGGCUAACUUUCUCUCGCUGUUUAUAUCGUGUAUAAUCGCACUAUGAUGGAGCCACAAUCCUAAGGUUUUAUUUAGUUAUUUUGAUCGGUUCGUUGGUAAUCGAAAAAUAAUAAUGAGGGUGCACUUCUCCUGGACACUCUGAAAGGGAAUGCGUGAUAACACAAAGGACAAUACAAAGACUGGUUGUGUACAAUUUUGUCGUCUUGGAACUCAACAGAGAUGCCUGAAGUUCGGGACCUUUCUGAGCCUUUGCCAGAGAUGCCCAUGGACCCAAUCACUGGAGUUGGUGUUGUAGCCUCCAGGAGUAGAGCACCAACUGGUUAUGACGUUGUUUCAACAACAACAGACGGUCUGGAUGCUGAUUUGUGGAAGGAUGGACUUUUCAAGUCCAAGGUGACCCGGUACCUGUGCUUCACCAGGGUAUUCUCAAAGGAAAAUAGCCAUUUAGGAAAUGUUCUUGUUGACAUGAAGCUCAUUGAUAUAAAGGACACCCUGCCUGUGGGAUUCAUUCCAAUCCAGGAGACUGUUGACACUCAGGAACAGGCAUUCAGGAAGAGGCGGCUCUGUAUCAAGUUUAUUCCACGAGACUCUACAGAGGCAGCCAUCUGUGAUAUUCGUAUCCUGGGAAGGUCAAAGCAGGCUCCCCCACAAUACACCUUUAUUGGAGAGCUAAACAACAUGGGCAUCUGGUAUCGUAUGGGUACUGUGCCACGAACUCAAGACUCCUCUCACACAUCAGCUGUGAAUGACGUCCAGAAUAUGAAUUCUAUCUCCGCUUCAGCCCCUGUCCCACCAGCUUCAGUGACUAAGCAUUUUUCCAUGACCCUUCCUGCCAGUUUCAGAGGGAAAAACACUACUCGACCAGAUUAUGAGCACCAAAACUCCAACUUCUACGCAAUCUCUGCCAUGGAUGGAGUGCCCUUCAUGAUCUCUGAGAAGUUUGCAUGUGCCUCAUCAGAAUUGCAGCAAGUGGAUCUCAUUGGCAUUACCAUCAAAACAUUGGCUGAAAUUGAGAAAGAAAACCUUUGUCAGUGCACGAUUUCCUGGUACACCGAUGACACUGAUGCCCACGUCAGAGCUCGGCUACCAAAAUGGAGAAAUUGGAGGAAACAGUGUUGCAAGGACUGAUGGGAAGCAAUUUUUUUCAAAAAAAUAAAAUGAAAAUCCUGAUGGAAGCCUUGUUUUAUGCAAAUUGUGCAAAAAGGAGUUUUCAUACCACUGAAGCACUUCAACCCUCAGUCAUAUGGUCCAACGUUUCAAUUGCCACACAAAACCCAUUUAAAUACCAAUACUAUUCCCCCCCAAAAAACUGUCCUAAAAUGGCACUUUUAACUUUAGGUCUGUUUAAUUUGGGCCAUGGAUAUUUUAUAUUAGUUUUUCUCCUGUUUUGUAUUGAAAUGCAAUCAAAUGCAUUUUUCCAGAGUGAACAAUAUUCCUGUCUGUGUCUAUUAUUUGAUUCAGUAACCCACUAAAAUCCAUUUAAAUUAAACCAUGUUGCUUUUCAGGAAUUUUUUUGUUCUACGAUAAAAAACGCAAUUAAUCGAGAUGAAUUACAAAGCCUUUAAUGAAUUUUAUUACAUUUUUAAUUGAGUAUCACCCCUAGUAUUUACAAGGUGCUUUUAUUGUCAAUUCUUCAACGUAUGUAACACAUACAAAGUAUUGAAAUUAAAGUACUCAAGGACCUGCGGUGCUACAAAAGAGUAUAAAUUAUAACAUCAAAAUAAAAAACUAAAUAAAAUUAUGGUAUAUACAGUAUAAAAAGUAUUCAUUGAAUGUGCAAAUAUCAAAGAUCAGGUGACGUGUGCAACAUAGUCAAGGUCAGAGAACCAAUGCAAAUAAGACAUAAAUUAGAUGACAAAAGCACACAGACUUUCAUAUACUGUAUAAUAUAUUAACAUGUAGACCUGUUGUGAAUUGCGUCAUUCAUCUACGUGAUAGAAAAAAACAUGUUUUGCAGAGUACUGCAACAGUUUAGAUAAAGGUCAAAUGUAGUGAAUUUUAGGUUCAUGAAAUUUUACUUUUUGUGAGUUGUGAUGAUAAUGACUACCAUGAUAUUAAUACAUCACGUUGAUUAUAAAUGCAAUAAUGGAUUUACAUACCGCCUUUCAUGACAACCAAGGACGCUUUACAAAAAAGGAAAAAGGGGGUUGAGCGUUUAUUGCAGGAUCUGGUGUCCAUGCUGUUGUCAACCACAGAGAGGGUGCCGUCCACCAUCGCGGAGCUGCGGACAGUCCCCGAUAGAAGCCUUGUUGGCUGCAGUUGGGACAGCGAUGAAGUCCAUAGCCUUCCACCAAGACAAUGAAGGAGGGUCCGACAGCCGAGGCCGAAGAGCAGCAACGAUGUUCAUGGCACAACUGAAACUGGAAGAGCCACCACUGAAGGGGGACGGCGACCGCGGCAGAAUGAAUGGGAGAAAGUUGACCAGGAUCCAACAACACUGUGGCAUUUUGUCCCAGGUCCUGUGUGUCCAUUUACUGUAUCUGUAAAAGCCUUUUUAGGAUGCAUUUUGAAUGGUGUGUUCAUGCCGUUCAAAACGCAACGGUGCGUCAAGGUGGGCGCUUACCAUUGCGGCGCUGCGCCUCGACUUGAAAUGCUUGUUCUUUCUUUAAACUAUCUUUAUUUUACAACAUUUCAACGAUACACUUGAGUUCAUAGCAUUGCUGUGGCGUCAAACAGCGUAUCCAAUAAUAAAAAAGUGUCCCCAAAAAAAUCUACUUUUACCUCUGUACCCUUUUCGAGGAUUGUAGAACUAACGAAGAAAAGGAACAGAUUUUAUUGUGAAUUUUCACAACGAAGUCCAUUCCUCUGAUAUGAGAGUGGCACUUAACCAAGGUGAAUGGCAACAGCAAAAUUCCCAUUCACUUACAGUAAAUGUUCAUUGAAUUGAAUUGGUUUUUUUGUUGUGAAAAUCAUGUUUUGUUGGUUUGUCCUUUUAACACUGAUUAUGUGUGCAACUGAUGCGUGGUUCAUUUUGUGCAUGACCUGGAUGACUGAGAAUCUACACAGACAAUAAAAUAUAUACCUGUUGUGAAUUUGAAAUAAACCAUAUUUUAUUUUUAAAAUUA